AUAUCGUUUAAAAAUUGCUCAAACUAAAGAUGAACUAAAGUCCAAACAUAACCUAAUUUGAAUAGAAAGACGGCGGGCGAAACACCUAAUUAAUACAAUUUGUUUUGUAUCUUCAUGCAUUAAUUAGGCCUGAUUUUUCUCUUACAUUCUUAAAAUGACUGAUUACAACGUGGUACCAUGGUACGACAGCAAGGAAUGGCUUGAAGUGUACAGUAAAAUUUACAAUGAGAAUAACCAACAAGAGGCUCUUAACAUGUUGCUAAUUUGGAAAGCGAGGUGCCCUUCGCUUCCAUCAGGCAUAGAAUCAACUUUGACUUUAUUGGAAGUAAGUUCCCAUGAUCAGAAAAUUUGUGAUGAUAUUACAAAAGAUCAAUUCAUACGUCUGGCGUACUCAUCAGCCAUAAUGCGUUUUGUUAAUCACAUGUUAGAUACACAAACUGCUAAAGGGUCAAGUUUAUAUAAUGCAGCAAAACAAUUAGGAGUUCCCGACUGGAUCAUAGAUAUGAGACAUGACACUGCCCACAGCAAUAAUUUACCAUCCAUAGAUUUACUGAGAGAAGCAGCAGCUAUUUGUUUAAAAUGGCUUCAGGAAAAUUAUUGGGAUAAAUAUAGAGAAUGUAUACAGGAUUACACAACAUCUGCAUAUACUUUGGGAGAUGGGAAUGGAGACACAACUAAAAUUAUAGCAUUACUAAAUUUUUGUUUAUCUCUUAGUAUAUGUAUGCACUCUAAAAUCAAAAAGUUGUCUGAUAUAUCAGAUGUUACUAUGAGAGAAUCUAUAGUUAAUGACACCAGAGAUUUAUUUGGAGAUCAAAUUGAUUUAUCAAAUUUGAAAACUAUUUCUAUUAUGUCCUUAGUAAAUGCAUUGAACGGACAAUGUAAAAAUCUUUUGCAAGGUAAAAACAAAGCAACUCAAGUUACAAAGGUCUUAUUGGGAGAAGAUUCCUUGUUUCUUUCCUUAGAACUAUUACAUUACUUGAAUGAACAUGAUUUCCCUCGCAAGAAAAUAUUGAGUGCAGACUAUAUUCAAUGUUUUGAACUCUUGUUGACAUUUCUUCAUUCAAAUGACUUGAUUUUCGAGUUUAUACUAGAAUUGGUCCAUAUAACACAAAAUGGAGAAGACAAAGAAAAGUGUCUUUUAUCAGCACUUUGGCUAGCAGAAAUACUUAAGGCCUUAAAAAAGUCUAAGGAGUUUAUUAAUAAGAUGAAUAGGAUAAAUACAAAAGACAUGCAGUCCAGAAAAAGAAAAGAGUUAAUAUCUUUAUAUCAUCAUUGGUUUCCAAAUGAUAGGUUAAAUGGCCUAUUGCUAGAUCUUCUGAAGUCUGCUCCUAGUGCCUUGACUAAUAUUAACUUUGUACAAUCUAUUAUAUCAUCCUACAAUCCAUUUCUGACUUGUUUUGUGGCAGAUCUUUUAAAUUUAGUUGAACCACAUUUGCCGAACCCAGUGAAAGAUAAAGUGUGCAAGUUGGCCAAUAUGAUUUCAUCACCUGAAAAACUCCCAAGUGCACCAGCAAAAAUUUACACCGUUGAAGACUUAAAAUGUAGCAAUAUGGAAGCUGGUCAUUGUUCUAUGGAAGUAGAAGAUGAAUUUAAUGAUGUUGAAUGUAAAAACAAUGAAGACAUAUUUAAUCCCAUAAAUGCACAAGGAAGUUGGGUUUUAUCAUCAGUUGCUUUUGAUUGGUCUGCAGUUCCUAUUGGAUGUUUCAUUCAGAACUUGAAUAAUUCAAAGUAAUAUCCAUUCAAAAUAAAACCAUCAAAUUUA